AUGGCUCAGAUGCUCACAAUCGGAUUUCUCGUCACAAUCUCAACGCUCUCUCAACACAGACGGCUGGAACCCCGACGAACAAAUAACGCCGACGACACACUUCCCUCUUCGCCUACCACUACUACGAUUGUCGCCGUCACUGCACUCGUCUAUAUCCUACGGUCAACUCGUCACUUGUCACAAUGCACGCGAUACAUUCGAGUCCAGCAUGGGAAGGAGUCGGAGUCACGACGCCAUGGGCACAGCGAGAUUAGAAUGAUGGCCUUCUUGCAGAGAUGUGCAAUGCCUAUGCCUUCUCACUGGCCUCACAAUAACCAAUGUUGCGCCAUUGCAUCGCUCCCACACCCGGCUUCGCUACAAGAGACCUUUAGUCUCUUCCUGGCCUCUUCAGGCUCGACGACUGCGCGCCCCGCCUCCCCUAAGCCUCCGGGUGGCCCAGCUACUGUCAUGAGGAGGAAGGCAGCCGCUGAUCGCGCGGAGAAGACUGCGAACCUGAGACCAAGCAGCACAAGAGCAGCUGGUGCUGGCGGAAGCUCAAGCACAAUGCUGAGGCUGUACACUGAUGAAUCUCCCGGGCUUAAAGUCGACCCAGUCGUGGUCAUGACCCUCUCAGUCGUCUUCAUCUUCAGUGUCGUCGCUUUGCACGUCAUUGCCAAGGUUAUGCGACGAUUCUCCGCAUAA